AGAGGACGGCGAGCUGGAGGUGGACACCUUGCAGGGAAGCAAGGAUCAGUCGAUGUCAGGAGGCGCUUCUCCCUUUGGCCAAAGUACUGGUGAAAUGGACUUUGGCCUCGAUAAGCGUGGCAGCUUUCAGGGAGCUAUGGCUCGCAACCAGAGUCCGCGAUCACAGUGGGCCAAUACACUUGAAGCAGCGCUGGAGGAAGCAGAUGUGCAACUUCUCUUCCGCUUGGAUCUUCCCCUGAUGGUGAAGGCGGUGGCCGAUGGGGAAAUCCACUCGCUGAAGGAAGUGACACCUCCCAGGUGGAAUCAGAUGAAGGUCAUGGCCAUGGACUUUCUGGAGGAGCUGGAGAGGAUUGGCACUUGCCGCCCUGGACAAAGGGCGUCUCUUAAGGUGGUGUCUGACCUCUACGACUGUUUGGAGGAGCAAGGCUGCAAUCAAGGCUUUGAUGCUUUGUGCAAGUCCUUCACUUUCCUGUUUGGAGGUUUGGAAGAGGUGCAGAAGGUCUUGGAUGUGAACAAGAAUGGGUUAUUGAGCACAACCGAAUUCUCGAUGGCCAUGUGCCUUUCGGGCCUUGAUCUGGGCGUGAUUUGCGGGCUCGAUGAGCGGGAGAUCUUCUUGGCUGUUGAUGUGAACCACUCGGGAUCCAUUAGCAUCGAGGAGCUACUGAGAUUUUGCGCCAGCAAACCUGCGGAGACCAAGUUGAGCAAGGCUGAUCGCGCGAAAAAGGAACGAGAGAGGAAAGCCGCUGCUGCAAAGUCCAGCAAGAGCAAAAUGAACACGACAGCAAUCAUUGAACAGGCUGGUUUGAAGGUGGUUCAAGAGAAAGAAGUUCAAGGCGUGCGCUUCCAAGCCAUGGUUGUUCCAAAGCAAAGCUCCAGUAACCUGACUCCUUCAGCAACGGGUGCCGGUGUAGGCAUGGAUGUGAUGCUGGAAGAGUUGGAUGAAGAGGAGAUCGAUGACAUGCUCGAAGUCCUUGCGCAAGAGGAGAUUCUACGGGCUCAGGCCAAAUGGAUCUGCGUCUCGCGCUGGCUGGCCUCCGUGCUAGGAGCUUCCAGUUUGGAAAAUGAAGGGCAAGAACGCGCCAAAACUUGGGAAGAUGAACGGCAGCAGGCCUAUGAUGCGGUGGAGCAGGCAGUGCUGGUUCCAAUGGCAGCAGCACUUCCCGCAGUCUUCACAGCCCAGGACUCGGGAGCUGUCUCCGGUUCCAUGGAGGAGGAUGCCUCCAAACCCACAGCUCUUCUGGCGGGUGAAGAGCUGGACCAUCAGCUGGAAAAGCUGUUCCAAGAGGAAGCCACUGAGGAUGGCGGCAGAAAGAUCCUGGACAGAUCUGCCACCCGUCAUUUCUUCGAAGAUCUCAUGCUGGCGGACUUCAAGUCGCCUGACUUUGCUGCAGAGGGGGAAGCGUCGCAGCGCCAACAGCGUCGCAGCGUCGCUCCCGCGUCGCAGCGUCGCAGCGUCGCAGCGUCGCAGCGCCAACAGCGUCGCAGCGUCGCUCCCGCGUCGCAGCGUCGCAGCGUCGCAGCGCCAACAGCGUCGCAGCGUCGCUCCCGCGUCGCAGCGUCGCAGCGUCGCAGCGCCAACAGCGUCGCAGCGUCACUGGCCCAACGGCAGCGUCGCAGCGUCGCAGCGUUGCAGCGCCACCCGCCCCCCGGAGCGUCGCAGCGUCGCAGCGUCGCAGCGCCACCCGCCCCCGGGAGCGUCACAGCGCAACGUCGGAAACCCACGCUUCGGCCCCCUUUGUGGCACCAGAAGUUGCGCAUGGUGAUCCUGGACAGGCUGUAUGAUGAUACCCUGAACAUCCAGAAGGAGGAAAGUGGCUUGGCCAAAGGCCUGACCUUUCGGUCCUUGAAGGUGGUCCUGCACCGUAUGCUGCGGGAUCACGCGGAACACUGGAUGGAGUCCUUCAGGUGGACGGUGGGGACUGGUGCGCCUGGAUCUUACCAAUUUUUUUUGGGGAUUUAA